AUGGCUAAAUCCGAUUGGGAAGUCGUCAAAGACUCCAAAAAGAAGCCAGCGGCCAAAGGUUCGCCAGAGGUCAAGAAAGUCAGCGUCCUGAAGACGAACAAUACUGGCGCUGGGGACAGUCAGAAAUCGAAGGCGACAGCUACCAAGAAGCCCGUCAAGAAGGGCCCACCAAAGCGACAGCCAUUUGAGCUCUCGCCAGAAACAACCCAGGAGCUCUUGAAAUCGACUUCAAUCUUCGAUGCCUCCAAUUUACUCGGAAGCUCUCUUAUGGCACCCGAAAGUAUUCCGCCAUACAGCCAUGAGGAUUUCCCAAUGAACAAGCUGACAAAGCCGGUCAAGGAUACCUUUGACAAACUUUUUGGGCGACUCAACAAAGUCGAAGAUCAAAAAAGCGUGACUUUCGAAAAAGAUCAAAAACGCAUUGACGGAAACGCAUCGUACCAAUUCGACAAAGAUUUCUGUCACUCCGAAAACUACUCCGCUCUUAUCACUGCAGCUUCGGACUCCAAACUCAACAAAAACGUCCAGACCGAGCUGGAGCAACUCUCCGUCCGAGCACGUCUAUUUACAAAGCCUGAUGAGAACUGGGUCGAGGAUCUUUUAUCGCAUAUUGGCACUGGUCGACAAGGAAAUGCGCUUCCAAUUCUUUUGCAAGGAAUUGAAAAUCGACCAGCUCAGUGUACUCAGAAGCUAAAAUCAUUAGCAUCUACCUAUAGGCUCCAAGUCCAAUGA